CUGAGGAGAGUGCUUUGGGCGGGGCUUGUGCCAAACUUGGGGGCUGCAGGCUGAGCAGUUGCUGGUGCUGCUCUGGGAAUGAACCAAAAAGUUAUUUUGUGAGGAAGUUUUUGUUUCUCAACUGACAUCCCAGAUCCCAGGGUGGAAGGGAAGGAAUCCACCCCCCUUGGAGGCAGAAGAGCAUGAACAGAAUGACUGGCCCCAGGGCAGAGGGUCGCAGCUGCGCUCCCUCCCAGCUCAGAUGUCACAUUGAAUCGAGUGCGUUCGGGCGGCCGCAGCAAGUUGGCCCCGUACCAUGUAUCCAGCAAAGCGCAAGGAAGUGGAAGUGCAAACCUCGGCCAAUCAGAACACUUCCCUCCGAAAAACCCCAAGUGCCCCCUAAACCCGCCCAUCUGAAAGCAUCGGGGAAAGAAAUACUAAACCACCGAAUUCCUCCUGCCCCCUCAAAGCCAUUGCCCCUGGUACCCAAACCCCCCCGCCGGCCUGGGGUUAAAGAGCGGGGCAAGUCUGGAACCUCCGACAUCAACCUCCUCAUCAAGAAGUUUGAGAGCCUCAGGCAGCCCGUCCAGUUUGGGAGACACAGUCGGUACCAUUUUAGUGCCAGGAUGGAGCAAGGGACGAGCCCCCUGUGUUGCCCCCAUGUUUCUGCGAGGGACUCGGGGUCGGAGAGUGGGGUCCCUUUGGGGGAGCCGGGCAGGACGGCGGAGGAGGAACCCACUGCAGAGCUGCCCAUGGAUAAUCUCAAAAUGAGAGACCUUACAAUAAACGAUAUUAACAACCGCGGGGGUAACAACGCCUCUGUGAACAGGACUGAGCGCCCCCCGCAAGAGAACGGAAACCUGACCGUCGAUCACAACGACAAUGGGAAAAUUCCCAACAGGGACAGCGGCAUCGACAGCCCUUCCUGCAGCGUGGUCGGGGAGGGGUUCUCCAACGACGAGAGCGCCGAGCCCAAAAAGCUCUCCCUGCCGGUCCACAUGGUGGAAAUUGGGAUUGUCCGGAAGAACUCGGACUCGUCGUCUGUGGAUCAGAAACGGGACUCGACCCAAGAUGAGGACAGCGACCUGGACGAGGGCAGCAGCGAAGAACAUGAAGCCAUGGAGGUGCCCAAGGCAGAGAGCGUCGAUCCCACCAAAUGUUCUGAGCAGCAGAGACUGUACAACAUCGCCAGAGAGCUGCUACAGACGGAGGAGGCGUAUGUGAAGAGGCUGGAUCUGCUGGAUCAGGUGUUCUGCACAAGGUUGUUAUCUGCCGGGGUCCCCCAGGAGGUGAUCAAUGGAAUAUUCUCCAAUAUAUCCUCCAUCUAUCGCUUUCACUAUCAGUUCCUCCUUCCCGAACUAAAGGCGAGAAUAAUGCAAGAGUGGGAUACGAACCCGCGGAUCGGGGAUAUCCUACAGAAACUCGCCCCGUUCCUGAAGAUGUACGGGGAAUACGUCAAGAACUUCGAUAAAGCGAUGGAUAUGGUCAACAGCUGGACCCAGCGCUCUUCUACCUUUAAGGAGGUAGUUCAUACAAUACAGAAGGACCCGGUGUGCGGGAACCUGACCCUGCAGCACCACAUGUUGGAGCCGGUGCAGAGGAUUCCCCGCUACGAGCUGCUCCUGAAGGAUUAUCUGAAGAAACUCCCAGACGACUCUCCGGAUCGCAAGGAUUCAGAAAAGUCCCUGGAGUUAAUUUCUACUGCGGCCAAUCACUCAAACGCAGCCAUCCGCAAAAUGGAGAAGAUGCACAAACUGCUGGAGGUGUAUGAGCGACUCGGGGGGGAGGAGGAUAUAGUUAAUCCGGCCAAUGAGCUCAUUAAGGAGGGGCACAUACAGAAACUGUCGGCGAAGAACGGGACCACGCAGGACCGGUACCUGUACCUGUUUAACAGCAUGCUCCUGUACUGCGUCCCCAAGCUGCGCCUCAUGGGCCAGAAGUUCAGCGUCCGGGAGAAGAUCGACAUCGCCGGGAUCCAGGUACAGGAGACCGUGAAGAACAAUUCCCCUCAUAUGUUCCAGAUAAUCGGCAAAAAGAGAUCCCUGGAGCUGCAGGCGAGGACAGAGGAGGAGAAGAAGGAAUGGAUACAGGUCAUCCAAGCCACGAUCGAGAAGCACAAACAGAACAGCGAGACCUUCCGGGCGUUUAACAGUUCCUUUUCCAGAGACGAUGAGCAUUGCCCCGAUUCCCCGGUGCCGGGCACGGGCCCCCCGGAUUAUUCCUCAGGGAUGGACGGCUGCAGCUCUCCUGGAGGGGCCGAUUCCUUCCGGAAAUCCUGUAAGAUAAAGCGGGAGAAGGAGAAGCAAAACUGCAAGGGCUGCGGGGAGAGUUUCAACUCCAUAACGAAGCGCAGGCACCACUGCAAGCAAUGCGGCGCCGUGAUUUGCGCAAAGUGCUCGGAGUUCAAGCUGCUGGCGGAGAACAGUCGGCAUAACCGGGUCUGUAAGGAGUGUUUCCCUCUCGUCUCCUCUGUCUCGGGGAGUCCGGGGGGCACCACAGAGUCGGGGGACACAAAGAAGAAAGUGGAGAAGCAGAAUUCCUUGUCUCCGGAAAACUGUGUGUUCAGCAGUAGCCUCCUGUUCCUGGAGAAGGGGAGAACGUGGACGAAAGUGUGGGUGUCGGUGCCCAGGAACGAGCCCCUCGUCAUGUAUCUGCAGGGGGGCAGCCAGGAUGGGCGGCCCCCCCGGGCAAUACCGUUGCCAGGAUACGAAGUGGGUUUGCCAAGCGCCGGUGACAAAGUGGACUUGAAACACGUAUUUAAACUGUCGCAGUCGCAGCAAGUUCUGUUCUUCGGGGCGGAGGAUGAGGAUUUGCUGCAGAAGUGGAAGGGGAUUCUCAGUAAAGCCUCUCGGGGGGACCCCCCCAUUGUGGCAGAGGAUCCAGAAAAGCUCUAGAACCUCUUGUGCUCUUGAAGCCGACUGGGAAUCUCCACUAGGACCCAGGAGAGACUUUGUCCUGCACGUAACUCGCUGUACACCAGGGGGCGCCAACACGUACCUCUCCGGCUAUGGCCGGACUCUUGACUUGCACGGGAUGCUGGGAGUUGUUGGCCGUUUGUCCCUGCGUCUGUAUCCGUAGGAAACCAGUUGUUUGUACGUCCAGUUGUAUGUCUGUCGCGUCCCCUUUGUACGAUGAUGUUUUGACCUCAUUCGGGACGGAUGGUUGGGGGGUCGGGCAAGAGCCAUAAUAGUAGGAUUCACCCCACCGUGUCCGUAGCACAACGUUCUGUAUAUGUGUAUUUAACAAAGAAAAUCCCAGAUAUUGUUCCGUGCUGGUUGUAUAUGUGAAUAGCUGUAAAGAUUAUCCAAGCUCUUUAUGUCAGAGUGAUAAAAGCACAAGAGGUGGGGUCCUACAGAGAUCCAUGGGGGCCCUACAGAGAUCCGCGGGGCCCUACAGAGAUCCGCGGGGCCCUACAGAGAUCCAUGGGGGCCCUACAGAGAUCCGCGGGGCCCUACAGAGAUCCGCGGGGUCCUACAGAGAUACGUGGGGUCCUAGAGAGAGGUCCUACAGAGAUCCACGGCGUCCUACAGAGAUCUGCGGGGUCCUACAGAGAGGUCCUACAGAGAUCCGCGGGGGUCCUACAGAGAGGUCCUACAGAGAUCCGCGGGGCACACAGGUUCUGUUGUCAACUGGGAGGUGUAAGAACUGGUAUUAGGGCACUUCCAUGGUCUUCGUAGGAGCCCUCAGCCCCUAUUGAACAUGAGAAGGCGGCCAAUAAGCAAGCUAGGGGAUACCAGCUGUGUGUAGGUGUCUACAGUCAAUCUAUGUGUCCAACCCUUCAGCUUUGGCUUGGUGGCCAACAGAUAAUAAAGGGGAACCAGCUCUCAGGGUCAAAGCAGCCUAGAACAAACAGGAACCCGUCAUCAAUGGUCAUCUUUUGUUGUCUCAGCAGGUCGGCUUCCAGGAUAUAACAUCCCAGAGGGUUUGCAUGGAUUGGGGGUGAAGGUUGCUGGCUUAGCUGCAAAGUUGUGGUGGCAAAUCUUCUACCCAAGUCCUUCAAGGAUCUGCCAAUGGGUAAAUCCCAGCCUGUGAUAGUAAUGAAGAGUGUGGUGAAGUCUUUGUUGAGGAAGGAACCUGUUAUGGUUGAAAGAUGAGGAUGGUGGUCAGUAAGGACUCCAUUUGGCCUGCCCAAUCCCCAGCAGCUAGCGAUGUUCAUCCAAGUCAAGACAAGGCUGAGCAACUUCACAUAGGGUUGCUAUGAAUGUUGCUAUGCAGCUCCCACUUAUAAACCUACAGGUGCAGAAUGGUAACCAGGGAGGUAGCGCAGAAGAUGUUUAUGACCCCAACUUCUUUAAGAUUCUAGUUGUCCACAUCUGCAAAGGUAAAGCUCAUUAGAGGUGAUUGCUACCAUCGAUCAAGGACUUUACAUAAGGAACGAGGGAAGUAGACUUGGCCAGUUGCUAGAACUUGCCCUCAUUGGACUUGCCAAGCCCUAGUGUUGAGUAGUUGGUGUAGGUCUACUGAGGGUGUCUUCUUAGGAAGAGACUGAAAUGCAAUCUCCUCUGGGGUUACUGGUUCUAAUGUGGACAGGAAGGUAGAAGAGUUGGUGUCAGGGUUCGAAAGUGUCUUUCAUUAGGUAGGUAGGUAGUGCUCUGUUGCAAUGUUGGACCCACUGGGUCUCCUGUUUUGAGCCGUUCCAACCCUACCGGUUCUUUACUUGGGCAGAACAAUUGACCUUCGAUGCUCUGUGGGACAUGUAGGUCCCUCAUUGAUUCUGUGCCGGUGUCCAGCCACUGAGCAUGACUCCCCUAAUGCUCCAUAUUCCCCCAUAGAAACUCUCUGCCAUGGUCCCCAGAGUCCCCCACCCAGAGUCCCCUCCCCAGUGUCCCCCACCCAGAUAACCGUGCCGCGUGUUCCAUAGUUCUACAGAAGAAUAAUAAGUGGAUUAUAAAGCAAAUCUGUCAUGUGACUUUCUGUAUUAUCCCUGUGGGACCUUGCUGAGUGGGUGGGACCUUGCUGAGUGGGCGGGACCUUGCUGAGUGGGCGGGGCCAGGGGGCCACAGACCAAGCACCUUUCGCAUGUUUCCUGGACAUAGAAAUAACGUGUUCGGCCGCGGUUUUAGCCCAACUGGGAAGUUGUCUUGUUUUUUUUUUAAUUAUUAUUGGAUAAUCUGUGAUUUUAUUUAUGAUUUGUAAAUAUAAUUUGUAUAAUAUACAUAUUUUCAAAUGUUUAAAAAAAAAAUAAGCUAAUAAAAUG